AUGGCUGGAACCAUCCCACUUCGACCGACGUACCAAGGUUUCGUCCGGGAUACCACUGAUGCCCUGCUCAUUUUUGAGGCAUGUCUCUCUGGCACACUGCUUCAUGUUCCUCGUCGACCACAUGACCGUGAGCGUCAAGAUCUCAUCAAAAGCGGCAAUAUCUUCGUCUACGAAGAGCAUGCUUCUGGAAUCAAGCGCUGGACCGACAGCAUCUCAUGGAGCCCUAGCCGCAUCCUGGGCAACUACCUCCUUUACCGCGAGCUUGAAAAGCCCUUCCCACCUGGAGAAAAGAAGCGUGCCAGAGGAAGGAACGGCAAGUCAACCACGCAAUCUGGAGGCAUCUCGAAAACACGACCACGGAACGCCGUUCCUUACCCACAAGGUCUGGAACAUGGUAAUGAGUACCCUUCUGUGCCCAGCGAUGAUGAGCGCCAUCUGGUCGGUUCGCUCGUCGACUCGUACGACUUCAAGGAACAAGGACUGGUCAAGAAGACCAUCAGCAUCAGCUACCAAGGCGUACCUCACCACCUUGUUAGCUACUACAAUGUGGAGGACGUCAAGGCAGGUCUUUUGUCUGGUCCUGCAGACGACCCCAGACUCCGCGGCGUUGUCCCUCGCAGCGAGCUCGUGAAUGGCCAGAACUUCCGCGCCCCGAUCGAGGAACAAAUGGGCGGUGGUUACAUCUCAAGCAUGGUUGCUCCUAUUGGGUACCCAACACUCCAACACCAGUCACAGAUGCAUCAACAACAGAUGCACCAACAACAGAUGCACCAACAACAGAUUCACCAUCAACAGAUGCAUCAGCAACAAGCACACCAGCCACAAGCACACCAACCACAAGCACACCAACCACAAGCACACCAGCCACAGAUGCAUACGCCACAGAUGCACCAGCAACAAGUGCAUCCGCAGCAAGUGCACCAGCAACAAGUGCAGUACUCACCACUGUCAUACCAGUCACCGGCGUUGCACCCAGCACAUGGUUACCAGCAGGGCUAUCCUCAGAAUGGGUGGUGGUCGGCCGCCUAG